AUGAAGGAAAAAAACUGCUUUUUCGGUCACGUUGAUGUCUGCUUUGAGAAGUUUGAAUAUAGUUUGAUUUCCGGGCAUCCAAAACUCCACAUCCUCAUCUUUGUUACCCUUGUUGUGGGUUGUGGUCUGUCUUUCUGCUCUGUAACAUGCCUUUCUUUGCCACCUUCCUCCUCAUAUUUCGGCUACUUGUUGACCACCUCGUCAGGCCAUCUCUUCAAUCACUUCAUUCGCCCCAACUUCACCGCUUCCUAUUUACAAUUGGUUGAGCAGGGUGGCGCCUUCUUGGAAUCUCCCAAUGCCACAUUCAAAGCCUCCAUUUACAAUCCCAACGAGCAGCUCCCUGAAUUCUAUUUCUCAGUCAUCCACUCAUCUUCCAACACCAUCAUCUGGACCGCUAACAGAAACAGACCCGUUUCACAGUCUGCCAAACUUUUGCUAACUCUCAAUGGACUUCUCAUCACCGAUGACUUGGAUCGCAUUUUGUGGUCAACGCCAAAUCUCAACUCUUCCGUCGCGUUCAUACAACUUCAUGACUCUGGCAAUCUCGUUCUGCUUGAUCAAGGAAACAUUUCAUUGUGGGAAACUUUUGAUUACCCUACCUACACUCUUUUAAUGGGGCAAAGAUUGCCUGUGGAUAUAGACUUCUCGGUUGUGGAUGCGGUUUUGCAAUGGAAUGGGAUGACGUAUUGGGUGUUGUCAAUGGACAACAGGGCCUUCAAGGACUCAAAUUCGCCUGUGUCUUUUAUGGCCCUAAAUGUGAGUGGUUUGUAUUGGAUGGGAGAUGACGCCGAAGAUUGCAGAAUUCCUUCCAUUUGUGGGAAAAUUGGGUUUUGUAGCAGUGCAAUCUGUUCAUGUCCACCGGCUUUCCCCAAUGGUAUAGACGGAUGUGUGCCAAUCAAUCCUUCUUUUACUUUGCCUAAGGCCUGCAAUGAAAGUAACGGUAGUGAAACCAAUCAUCGGGAUUCCUACCUGAAAAUUGGGGAUAACAUAGACUAUUUCUCAACUGAUUUCGUCGAGCCCCUAAGUCGACGGGUCAACUUAUCAUACUGUCAACUGCUAUCCUCUCAGAAUUGUUCUUGCUUGGGUAGCAGGUUUGGUGCUACUAUCUACAUCAAGGGUUUUCCUAUUAAUUGCCCUUGUUGUAGGAUUUGGUGGAGAAGAAGAAAGUGGCAUUCCAGGACUGCAGUGGUAAGAUUAGGCUCUAAGAACUCGUCUUCAGCAGAGAUUGAUACAAUAUCCAUCCCAGGUUUACCAGUGAGGAUCGAGUAUGAGGAGCUUGCAACAGCUACUGACAACUUUAAGACACAAAUAGGCAGUGAUGGAUUCGGUACCGUGUGCAAGGGCAUUUUACCAAACGGACCAGUUGUGGCAGUGAAGAAGAUUAGGAAUUUGGGAGUUGAAGGAAAGGACAUUUGGACCGAGAUUGCCAUCAUUGGAGACAUUCACAAUGUCAAUCGUGUUAAAUUUAAAGGAUUUUGUGUGCAAGGAAAGCAGAGAUUUUUGGUGUACGAAUACAUGAACAGGGGAUCACUUGACCGUGCAAUCUUCAAUGAUGAGUCAGUUUUAGAAUGGAAGAGAUUCGAAAUCGCGCUUGGAACCGCGCGGGGCCUUGCUUAUUUGCACGGAGGGUGCCAACCCAAGAUCAUCCAUUGUGAUAUAAAGCCAGAAAACACUCUGCUACAUGACAAUUUACAAGUGAAGAUAUCAGAUUUUGGGAUUUCAAGUCUGCUAACUCCUGAACAAUCCACCCUACUCACAACAUUGAGGGGAACUCGAGGGUAUCUUGCCCCAGAAUGGCUAACGAGCUCUGGCAUCUCGGAAAAGAGUGACGUUUAUAGUUACGGGAUGCUUUUGCUUGAAACUGUGAAAGGGAGAAGGAAUUUCUCUACACAAAUAGUAAGCAACAGCUGUUCUUGUGCGCCAUCAGGCUUGGAACUAGAGCGAAUGUAUUUUCCUUUACUGGCAUUGGAAAUGCAUGAGCAGAAAAGAUACUUGGAGGUACCAGCCGACCCAAGGCUGGAGGGAAGUGUGAAGAGUGAGGAGGUGGAGACGCUAGUGCGAGUGGCCUCGUGUUGCGUGGAGUUUGAGCCAACGAGUCGACCGACUAUGUCUAAUGUCGUUGGCAUGUUGGAAGGCUGUCCGCCUCUGGGACGGCCAAGAAUUGUAUCACAAACUUUUUGCGAUUCUAUGGCCAGAAGAUAUGCCGAGGCACUGGCCACGUACACGGAUGGAAGUGAACUAAUUCUGGACCAUCAGCCAACUGCUAGUUCACGUCUUACAUUACAUCCAUUCACAACACAUCUCCGGUCCCAAAUAGUGUUUUAAACUUCCAUGCUUAAAACACCCAUCAACUGCUAGUUCAGUAUGUAGUUUGUUCAUACUUCAUUAUUGGCUUACCAAUAUAUAGUCGUUAAUACUGCCAUUGCUUUGCAAAUGAAGAUAUUUAUGUCAAUAUCAUUAUUUGAGAUU